AUGCCGAACUCAAAUCGACAGUCCAGUGAGAUGACGCCGAUGCCCAUCUACGACUCUUCAGAGCAAUCACCUAGCAGCCGGCACGUGGCAUUUUGCUUACAAAAGAAAUGGAGCCUCCUCAUUGCAUCCGUUGCGAGCUUUAUCGCCUGCAUGGUAUUCGCCUCCAUGUAUGGAUUUGACUACUCGACAUUGAGUGGCAACGACAACGCCAGGAGCGAUUGGUCAUCGCUUCGCGAGUAUUCGAGCUUUCACGAAGCGAAAAACGUGUGUGGUGCAAAAGAUGAGGUUGCCAACAUGACUAUUUGGAAUGCAGCUGUCGAAAAGACGGGACAACUGUUGGAUGACAUGUUUACGAUCACGGUUCAAGCGUAUAGACGCGACCAGUUGAAGUAUACCCUCGAUCAUCUCACCGCUUACAAUACGUCCUCCCUAUACGAAAUUGUCGUUGUCUGGAACGAUAACAAGUCACCACCACCGAAGGACUUCGUGGGCAACAACUAUGUUCCUGUUAGGUUCAGGGUCUCCAAACAAAACAGUCUCAAUCAAAAGUUCUUACCAGAUCCUGGAUAUAUGACUCAGGGUAUCCUCCUCUGUAACGACGACUGGAAUUUUAAUCACACUGAUAUUGACUGGGCAUUCCAUCAGUGGAGGAGAUCGGGUAUGAGUCGUCUCACGGGCCCUUUUGCGGGCUGCUGGUACAACAACGAGCAUGAUGAAGCCAUGUAUAGCCUCUGCAGCGAAAGGCCCAACAAGUAUCAUAUGGCUCUCACAGCUCUAGCUUUUACGCACCUAUCAUUUUUGGAAUACUACUGGUCAAAUGAUUCACUAAUGGAGAGCUUGCGGGAAUACGUCGAUUCUAAGUCUAACUGUGAGGAUAUUGCCCUUAACUAUGUCGCGAGACAAGUAAAGCAUACCGACAUUUAG